AUGGAACAGAUAAAUGACUAUCUCUUCAGGUAUAAAAACUACAACUUUGGCGCUGGUUACACAACUCCAGAGCACAUCGAUUCACUCCAGAGCUUUGAAAUUCGAGAUAGUGAUGUAUUCCUCGUCACAUAUCCAAAGUCAGGUACGAUAUGGACUCAACAGAUCAUCAUCUCCAUCUGUGAGUUAGACGGGGGUCUGAAUAAAUAUCCAAACAACAUGGAGCAAAUGCCGUGGCUGGAGUUUCAGGGGGGUCGAGAAGAUUACGCUCUGCGACCCUCUCCACGGCUCUUUUCCUCUCACCUCACCCCAUCUCUCAUGCCUCCAGGACUGAAGGACAAGAAGGCAAAGAUUAUCUACGUGAUGCGGAAUCCAAAGGACAACAUUGUCUCCUAUUAUCACUUCAGUUUAAACUCUUCUUUCCUGGAGACUCCCAAGAGCUUUGAGGACUUCCUUGAGCAGUAUCUGGCAGGCAACGUUGGAGCAUCUUCCUGGUUUGACCACAUCAGGGUGUGGCAUUCAAUGAGAGACCAGUACAACAUCCUCUUCCUGACCUAUGAGGACAUGAUUUUGGACCUGAAGGCAGCAGUGACUAAGAUCUGCACUUUCUUGGAGAAAAACCUGAGUGAAGCAGCCAUUGAGGAAGUUGUGGAAAAAGCUACGUUUAACAACAUGAAGAAAAACUCAAAAGCCAACUAUGAGUUUGUACAAGAUAAGGUGCAGAAAGACUUCAUGCGCAAAGGUAACAUUGGUGACUGGAAGAACACCUUUACUGCCGCUCAGAGUCAAAGAGUUGAUCAGGUUCUUCAGGAGAGACUCGGUGAUAUGUCUCUGAAGUUCAUCUGGGAAUAA